GGUUCAUACGGACCGUUUUGAGUGCCGAUCAAUUUUCUUUUCGAAUAAGAACAUAGAUCCGUUCUUGUGGACGGUGGAGGAAGAAGGCUUUGCUGGAUCUGAAAUGUUUAUUGUCUCAGUGAAGCCAUUUUUUAGCGUUCUUGUUGUCGGUCUUUGUUUAACCUUGGCGGUGCUUCUCUUGUCGCCGUCCUCUUCGCUUUUCCCCGGCGCUUCAGUCUCGUCUACUCAUCAACGAGGCUACACGGAUAUAUGGAGUCUUCGAAGGAUAGCAGAGUGGAGGCCUUGCAAGUGGUGGCUUCAAGGUCACUUACCUGCUCUGCCUGCUGAUAGCAAUGGAUAUAUACGCGUGGAUUGCUAUGGUGGGCUCAAUCAGAUGAGAAGAGAUUUGUGUGAUGGAGUUGGUGUGGCACGGCUUUUGAAUGCAACCCUGGUUCUGCCGAAGUUUGAAGUGGCUGCAUAUUGGAAUGAAUCAAGUGGUUUUGCAGAUGUAUUUGAUGUUGACUAUUUUAUUAGUCAGAUGAAUGGUUAUGUAAAAGUUGUUAAAGAGUUGCCACCAGAGUUCCCGUCCAAAGAGCCUCACCAUGUAGAUUGUAGCAAACGCAAAGGACAGUUCGAUUAUAUUGAAAGUGUCCUACCGUCCCUGCUGGAACAUCAUUAUAUUUCAAUAACUCCAGCGAUGAGCCAGAGAAGGGAUAGGUAUCCUCAGUAUGCAAAAGCUGCCCUAUGUCAAGCUUGUUACAAUGCUUUGCGCCUUGCUGAACCCGUGGAGGAGAAAGCCAAGAAACUUUUGGAAGCGAUACCAAAGCCCUUUCUCUCUCUCCAUCUUCGUUUUGAGCCAGAUAUGGUGGCUUACAGCCAAUGUGAAUAUCAAGGACUUUCUACUGCUUCUCUAGAAGCAAUUGAGGCCGCUCGGGUAGAUAGGAAACCAUGGACCGGAGAGUUAGCCAAAAUAUGGAGAAAGCGAGGGAAAUGUCCUCUCACCCCUCGUGAGACAGCCCUCAUAUUUCAAGCGCUCCAUAUUCCAACUAAUACAAAUAUUUACUUGGCUGCUGGUGAUGGUUUGAUGGAAAUGGAAGGCUUUACAUCAGUGUACACCAACGUAGUAACCAAGUCUAGUUUCCUCAGUAGCGACGAUUUCUCAAACAUGCAUGGCAACACAAAAGCUGCACUGGAUUAUUAUGUGUCUAUUAAUAGUGAUUCUUAUGUAGCAACCUUCUUUGGAAAUAUGGACAAGAUGGUCGCAGCAAUGCGCGCAUUCAACGGAAAGCAGAGGACAUUGUUUUUAAGUCGACGAGCUUUUGCAGAGUUCACUUACAACGGUCUGAAAGGGAAGGAGCUGAAUCAAGCAUUGUGGAAGGCUCAUAGAGAUGAUUUCGUCAUGGGCAGGGGAUCUGCAUUGUCCGACUGCUUUUGUGAGUUCAAACUCUGAGCUUGAGAACCUCGGGUUUUUCAUUUUGGUAUCAUUUUUCCUCGUGUUUAUCUGAACGAAGUUGUCCAUGUUGAGUACAUGCUGUUCCAGUUAAAAUUGUAACCCAUCUUUUGAUAGAAUAGACAAUGAUCGUUUUGAUUACAGCCAUUGAACAGGAAUAUGCUACUUCAUUCUUAAUCUUUGUC